AUGACCGCGUCAGCGGUGUCGUCGACGUACGCGACGACGGUCGCGCCGUUAAUGUCUACUAACGCCACCGCUACUAACGCUACCGCCGCCGCCGCUGCCUCCGCCGGCUUCACUAUUACUCGUGCCGCCGUUGCUGCCGCCGCUGCCGCUGUUACCGUCGCUGCGUUCUGUACUACUACCGUUGCUGCUGCCGAAUCGACUGCUACCUCAUCCGACAUUAUUAUYGCCGACACCACUACGACUACCGAUAAUAUUUUUACUCCUACCAUUAUUACUAAUUCUAAUACUACUACUACUAUUAAUAAUAAUAAUACUUCUGGUGAUACUACCAAUCAUACUGUCGCCACUACCAAUACUACUGAUACCAAAACCAUAAUUGCGUUUACCGUUGUUGCAACGACUGUUAUUACCACUACGGCGGUGGCGGCGACAACGACUCGGUGGUCAGCCGCGUUACGCCACCAUCUACACUGA